ACAGCGGCCACCAACACCACUCUCGCCAAUACCUGGUGCCCAUACCCGCAGCGCUCGCCGCUGGGGACAGGAAAGCCGAGCGCGGCCGGCGCGCCGCGGAGUCAGAGCACCAACCGCCUAUUUCUUUGCCCGCCACGACGCCGCGCCAUGGCGACCUCGCGUCGCGACGGCACCGCAAACGCUCGCGCACGACACGUUCCUUAAAUCUGGGUGGCUUCACGUUCGCGAUUACGGAUGCUGAGCCUCCUGCACCGCCGACGGCCGCCGCCGCCGAGCCCCCGCCCCGACGACGGCUCCCUCGCCUGCUACGGCUUCGUCGUCGCCACCGCGUUGCUGCUCUUGUUCACCAUCCUCGCCGCCACGGUCAGCCUCGCCAAGGCGGGCGCGCUCGCCGGCGCGGCCGCGGUGGUGUUUGGCGCCGCCGGCUGCGUCUCCCGGUGCUGCGCGGGCGGCGGCGGGGCGGGUCCCGCGCUACCGACGACCGCGGCGCCGGCGCGCGCGAGGGCGGCGUGCGGGCUGGUGGACGCGGCGAUCGACGCGCUGCCGGCGUUCGCCUACGCGCGCCCUGGCGCGUGUGGCGCGGAGGGCGGCGGCGGCGGCGGCGGCAGCAAGUCCGGGAGGUGCGCGCUGUGCCCCGUGUGCCUCGAGGACGUCGAGGCCGGCGAAAUGGUGCGGCAGCUGCCGGCGUGCCGGCACCUGUUCCACGUGGAGUGCGUCGACAUGUGGCUACAUUCGCACGCGACGUGCCCCCUGUGCCGGUGCCAAGUCUCGCCGCAGCAAGUUGGUGUGAAGCUCACGGCGGCAGCAGAUCCACCGGAUGAUGCGCCGCCGGUGUGAUGUUAUCCUACUCUGGGAAUAAGGUCAUGUCAUGUGGCGGCUAAGAUCGUCGACUUCGCUCAAUCCUGCAACGAUUUUUUGCUGAAGCAGGAGUUUGUUCAUAAAUGUGUGUGAAUCUUCAAAGACUUUGUUCACCUGAUAGAUAAUGAAUUAGUGGGCUGGCUCGAAUAGAUAAUGAAUUAGUGGGCUGGUUAUUGCCUUGAGGAAUCAGUAAAUGUUCCUCUCAAAAAACAAAUCAGUAAACGCAAUGGAUAAGCAUGAGAUAUUGGCAUAUUGCAGAGAUCCUCA